AUGGCCCUGCCAUCUCCAGGCUUGGGUGCUCAGAAAGACCAGGGGGAGUUGUUGAGCCCGUGUCGAUGCGAUGGAUCGGUGAAAUGCACACACCAGCCAUGUCUGAUCAAAUGGAUUAGCGAGAGGGGCUGCUGGAGCUGUGAGCUGUGYUACUACAAGUAUCACGUCAUUGCCAUAAGCACAAAGAACCCUCUGCAGGUAAAGUGGCAAGCCAUCUCUCUGACAGUCAUUGAGAAGGUUCAGAUAGCAGCGGCCAUCCUGGGUUCCCUCUUCCUCAUCGCCAGUAUCUCRUGGCUCAUCUGGUCGACCUUCAGUCCUUCAGCCAAAUGGCAGCGCCAGGACCUGCUCUUCCAGAUCUGCUAUGGAAUGUAUGGCUUCAUGGACAUUGUCUGUAUAGGUCUAAUAAUACACGAAGGGCCCUCGGUUUACCGGAUUUUUAAGCGGUGGCAGGCGGUCAAUCAGCAGUGGAAAGUGCUGAACUAUGACAAAACAAAGGACAUGGAGGAGCAAAAAACAGGGACCAGGACAAACCAGCGCCCUUCCUCCCAAACCACCCACUCGUCCUCCACCGGUGGUACAGCCACUAACUCCGCGCCAGCCGACAGCGGGGCCCGGGCUGCCGGCCAUGCCACAGGCACCCUCUCUGACCACCACUGUGCUUACACCAUCCUGCAUAUACUCAGCCACCUGAGGCCUCACGAACAGAGGAGCCAGUCUAGUAGUAACAGAGAGCUCGUCAUGAGGGUCACGACGGUCUGAGCCUAGGAAUUCAGGAGGCCUUAACGCGGAGUGGAGGAGACCAAGAACU